GUCUUGUCGGAUCCGGGUUUUCCAGGAUGGCGUGCCCGACGCAAUUCAUCUGCAAGGCGCUGCGCUCUGUGGGCCUGGUACUUUUCUACUAUGUGUUUUCUAUCGGCAUAACAUUCUACAACAAGUGGCUCAUGAAGGACUUCCACUUUCCUCUGUUCAUGACGCUGGUUCAUCUCGUAAUAAUUUUCUGUUUCUCCACACUGACACGCUUUGCCAUGCAGUGCUGGAUUGGAAAACCUCGAGUGACCCUUCCCUGGAAGCUUUAUCUUUCUAAAGUGGCCCCAACAGCUCUGGCGACAGCGCUGGAUAUCGGACUGUCCAACUGGAGCUUCCUUUUCAUUACUAUUAGUUUGUACACCAUGACCAAGUCUUCAGCCAUUCUCUUCAUUCUCUUUUUCUCUCUGGUCUUCAAGCUGGAGGAGCCGAACCCAUUCCUGAUCCUCGUGGUGUUGCUGAUAGCCAGUGGUCUGUUCAUGUUCACUCUCAAGUCCACUCAGUUUAAUCUGGAGGGUUUCAUCAUGGUCCUGUUGGCCUCUUUUAUCGGAGGGAUCCGCUGGACUCUCACUCAAGUGCUCAUGCAGAAAGCAGAGCUUGGCCUUCAGAACCCCAUAGACACUAUGUAUCAUCUGCAGCCUCUCAUGUUCCUGGGCCUCUUUCCUCUGUUUCUUUUUAAUGAAGGGCUGAGUGUGAGUACCACAGAGAAGCUCUUCAGGGUCAGUGAGCUCUCGCACCUGCUCUACUCUCUGCUGACUCUGUCUCUGGGUGGCAUGCUGGCAUUUGGGCUGGGCUUCUCAGAAUUCCUGCUGGUGUCCCGCACGUCCAGUCUUACACUAUCAAUUGCAGGUAUUUUUAAGGAGGUGUGCACUCUGCUGCUGGCAGUGGAGUUCAUGGGGGAUAAAAUAAGCACAGUCAACUGGUUGGGCUUUGCUGUAUGUCUGUCUGGCAUAUCACUGCAUAUUGGCCUCAAAACAUACUACAACAAAGGAAAUGGCCCCAUGGUAAGACAACUACCAGUCAGAAACAACCCGGACCUUGAGCUUCCACUUCUACAGACAAAAGAUGACUAUUGUGAAGACACAAAUGAUGAAGAGGAGCAUGAGAUUCUAUAUUAGUUCAAGGAUGACAUGAAUGUCAUAAAUAAGCUUGUGGAAUGUUUCCUUUAAAGGGUCAUAUCAAUGGUCACAUUGACCACAGGUACUCAACAAGCCCCUGGCAUGAUUUGAGUGACCUUGUAAAGACACUGAACAGCUAAUGUACUGGGCUACAUCUUUACUGUUGGUCUCUCUUUGAUACUGAGAGAAAAGAGAAAUCCUUUGCUCUUGGGAAGACGGAACUCUACCCAAACAUUUAACUUCAGUCAUCGUUUACUCCUUCUCAUGCCGUUCCAGUCCAGGAACACAAAAGGAAUGUUUUCCAAAGAAUGAAAGUGGAUGGAGACUAAGGGCUGUCAAGCUCCAAAAAGGUUAAAAAAUGAUAAAAAAAAAAUGGUAUUUCAUUUUGUCUUUGAAGAAAAAGUCAUAUGUGUUUUUAUUUUCAGAAUUACAGUUUAUAGGUGAAAUAUACAUUCAAAACUGCUACUGGCUUCUAUCUCUCACAGGACCAAUCUCCAAGUGGCCUUACACAUUUGUUUACAUGACAAUAAAGGAUUUAUUUUACUAAA